AUGACGACAUCACAGGGCCAAAAAACCGCAGCCCCAGUCCGGCUCUGGGGCGGCAGGUUCACGGGUGAGAUCGACCCGCUGAUGGACCAGUACAACGAGUCUUUGUCGGUAGACCGGGUAUUUUACGCGCAGGACAUCCGCGGCUCGAUUGCGUACGCGCGGGCGAACGUCAAGACGGGGAUCUUGACGCAGCAUGAAUUUGAGAAGUUGGAGGAGGGCCUUCGCAAGGUGCUCAAGGAGUGGGAGGAGGGGACGUUCCAGCCCGCGCCGGGCGAUGAAGACAUCCAUACCGCCAACGAACGCCGCCUGGGUGAGAUCAUCGGCACAAACAUCGCAGGAAAGCUCCACACAGGCCGCAGCCGCAACGACCAAGUGGCGACCGACAUGCGUAUGUGGCUCCGCGACGAGCUCGUCCUGAUUGAGCAGUACCUGGUUGAGCUGCUCAAGGUCAUCGCCCAGCGCGCCAGGCAAGACAUCGACUACAUCAUGCCGAGCUACACGCAUCUCCAACGGGCCCAGCCCGUCCGGUGGAGUCACUGGCUCCUCAGCCACGCGACGGCCUUCCAGUCCGACCUCGAACGUCUGCGCUUCACCAAGAAGAACAUCAACAAACUGCCCCUCGGCUGUGGCGCCGUGGCCGGCAACGCGUUCGGCAUCGACCGGGUGCAGCUGGCCAAGGAGCUCGGGUUUGAGGGGUUGAUCAUGAACAGCAUGUCGGCGGUCGGGGACCGCGACUUUGUGGUCGAGGUGCUCCAGUGCGCGGCGACGAUCGGGAGCCACCUGUCGCGGUGGUCCGAGGACCUGAUUCUGUACAGCUCGCUCGAGUUCGGCUACGUCAAGCUGGCGGACGCGUACACGACGGGCAGCUCGCUGAUGCCGCAGAAGAAGAACAGCGACUCGCUGGAGCUGCUGCGCGGCAAGUCCGGGAGGAUUUUCGGUGCCAUGGCCGGGCUGAUGAUGAGCGUCAAGGGCCUGCCCACCACGUACAACAAGGACCUGCAGGAGAGCCUGCAGCCGAUGCUGGACACGGUCAAGACGGUCAAGGACAGCCUGCAGAUUGCGGCGCGGUCGCUGGCCACGGCGACGGUGUACCCGGAGAAGAUGCGGGCGGCGCUGAGCCCGGACAUGCUUGCGACGGAUCUUGCCGAGUAUUUGGUUCGCAAGGGCGUCCCCUUCCGCGAAACCCACCACCUGGCGGGACAGAUGGUCGCGCUGGCCGAGUCGGCCGACGUGGGCCUCGACCAACUCAGCGUGGCGCAGUUCCAGGGCGUGGACGCGCGGUUCGGCGCCGACGUACGCAGCGUCUUCGACUACGAGCGCUCGGUCGAGCUCAAGGACGCGACGGGCGGGACGAGUCGGCGCGCCGUGCUGGAGCAGUUGGACGCGUUGGAGGGGGCGUUGAAUUGA